AAAAAAACCUAAUCAUUUCACGUAUCAUGCAUAUAUUAUAAGCUACACACCACCAAAGCCCAAUAAAUGCACAAUUCCGGCAUUUAAACUUGUCUUUAAAUAGGAAAAACCCAUGACCGAAAUUCAAUAUAUAUAUCGAUCUAUUGUUUCAUUGUCCUCUACCCUGCGUCAUGUAGGAACCAGACAGAAUGUCGUGAAUGAAUAUCAGAUAUAGGGUAUUCUGCCUUUGACGAAAGAAUGAACAAGAAUCCGGGUACCUAUAGGACACGUGGACUGUAUAAAUUGGAUGAUGACUGUGUUGUUAAAGCUAGAUCCUACCGAUCACAGAAGAAAAAUGAGUCUCCACACACAAUUGAGAUACAUCUAAAAUCAGGACCAAUAUUUGAGAGAGAUGACAGCAGUUGCUCCUGUCCAAUUGGAACCUCUGGUGCAUGUGGUCACAUUACAGGUCUUUUGUAUACUCUUGCUCAUAUGAAAACAACUGGAAUGCUGGUUAUUCCAACAGAUGUAGCAAAAACCUCACUUCCACAAACAUGGCAUGUACCAAAAGGGGAAAAGGUAGCAGGGAGCUCCAUUGACAACGUUCGAGUGUUAGGUUUUGAUAUGAGGAACCCAUAUGUGCCACCUAGAGGAAUUCGAACAACAUUAUACAACCCUAUUGAAAAUGUGUCCGAACUACCUUUACAGGAAUUGUGUGAUAACCUUGAAGAAGUUGACGACACCUGUAUGCUUUUGAGCGUGGUAAAUUUAGAACGUCAGGAGAAAGUUGUAGACACGAAGUUUGGCAAAUUCCCCAAGGGGAGUCCACUUGCAGUGCAGCAAAAAAUGAACAGUAAUUUAAUUCUGAAUAUAUUGGAUGCUGAUGACUUUCCUAAAUUACCAUCUCAAAAUGUGAUGAUUAACAAUAUAUCUACUGUGUUAUCUGAAACAAAACACUUGAAAACUGACUCAUUAAGUGUCACUACUGAUGAGGCUUCAGAGAUAGAAUCUCUGACUCAGUUACAGUCCCAGGAUCCCAAAUGGCACAGGAUUAGGCUUGAUAGGAUAACGGCAUCUAUUGCUGGUUCCAUUGUCAAAAGGAGAAAAGACUAUGACCCCUUGGUGGAGCGACUAAGGACUUCCAGAUCUGUGGUGACAGCCAAUAUGAGACAUGGGAUAGCAUGUGAGCCUACAGCAGCUGAAGCAUUUGUAGCAAGGAUGAAUGACAAUGUCAACAUUUAUCCCUGUGGAAUAUGUGUCAGUCCAUGGUCACCUUGGUUGGCAGCAAGCCCAGACAGAAAGGUGUAUUGCCCUUCCCUUACUCCAUGUUAUGGUUUACUGGAAAUCAAGUGUCCUGUCAACCCCCUAUCACAAUGUGUUUACCUCAACAAGGAUGAAAAUGGGUUUAAACUGAAGAGGACACAUAACUAUUUUCAUCAGAUUAUGAUGCAGCUUGCGGUAACAGGACUAGAGUGGUGUUACUUGUUUGUUUGGACUUCAGAUGAAUCUCAUCUUGAGCUUAUAACAUUUGACUCAAGUAGAUGGCAAGAAAUGAAAGACAAGCUUGAUAUGUUUUAUUUUGACCAUUACUUGAAAGGCUGAUCAAUAUUUGAUAUAGAUCAUUUUCAUUUGAAGGAAUGUUUUCAUUACUUAAAGUAGCAUUUUCUAUAUCUAUUCAAGAUUUGCUAAUUAUUUCCAUUCAGUUUCAACAUGUUUAUGCCAAAGUAACCAGGUCAACGGUCAUGUUAUUAAAUGCAAAGUCUUGCCAUAAGAAAUCUAUAUACAAAAUAUGAAAGCAUGCCUUAAAUAAUUCAGGAGAUAUUUUCUUAAAAGAAGAUCAAUCUUCAAGGUCAUGAGGUCAGAAACUUUGGUACCAAAUCAAAUUUUCUCACAUAUGAAGACUGAGAGCUUUAUCACUUACCAUUUAAAAUUAUGUGCCAGGUUAAUUUUUUGGAUAGACAGGACAAAUUUAAUAUUCCUCCAACAUUAGUUGCAAGGGGGAGGGGGGGGGGGGGGCUUAAAAACUUUCCUAAUGAAAGUUACUUCUUAAUAUGGUUGUGUAAUUAACUAGAGUUAUUGUUAUUAAUUAUAAAACAACCAACACACAGGUAAUAUGUGUCGUGAAUUACAUGUCAUGAAAUUUAUAGAUCUUGUAAUAUGUUACUUUAAUUUCUGGUACAAUUCUGAUACAAUUUUUAUAUUCUGAUAAUUGUAUAUAUUUAUCUCAUUUUCCUGAUUGAUUUCAUCUUCAAUUUACUUCCAUUCCUUGACAAGAGGACCCUUGAAUAAAGUUAGAAUGUUUGCCACUGUC